CCAUUAAUUUUGUUGUGGAGUAUGACAGAUCUGGUUGGUGGGUCGGCUUACCUGCUGGAGAGCUAAACUGCUAAAGGCAAGUGACUCCACCACAAUAAAAGUUACACAAUCCAAUGAAUCACUGUUGUGAUUACGAUCUUUACAUGUAGGCUUGUCGGUGUAAAGGCCGGAAAGGAAUCGACCAAAAUCCUCUAAGAAUAGAUUCACAAUGGUUUGCCCACUUUGUUUAUAAAGGAUACAUAAGGAUACAUGGAUUCUCUCACUGCAAUAAUAGAACAGCAUGUUAUAGAACACAGAUAUCAUGUUUCGUUUGCAUCUGUGUCAGCUCAAGCGCAACCGUCUCUCUCGAUCACCCUAUCUGUCUCGCCACACAGACAGAGAGAGUCAAGAUGGUUAAAGUCGGCCACUGUACAUUAUGUCCUGUCUGAUGACAGGGAUGGAGACUUGUGAGAUCACUGCACAUUGUGCUUCGGGAAAGACAGAUACACAUCUAAAUAUUAUAUAUUUUAGCUGGACUGUAUGUGUUAGAGUCAGACACAACUGAUCUUUGUGUGCAAAUGUGCAACAAAAAUCUUUCAAAAAUCACUCUGCUGACCAUAUACCAUACCAAUACCAUGAUAUAAUGUAACUACAUAUAGUUGUAAAUAAUUAUGUGUAUAUUGUAUAACAACAUAUAUUAUAGUAGCCUAUAGAGAGUCUCUCUCUCUCUCUCUCUCUCUCUCUCUCUCUCUCUCUCUCUCAAACACACACACACAGCUGCAGAGAGAAGCUGCGCACCACAUCUUUGGCAAAUCACAAUUCAGAAGAACAGCAAGAUGGCAUAGUGCGCCUGAAGACUCGUAACAUAACAGCGUGACAGUACAGCAUCAAACUUAUGUACUCGAGAGUCAAGUCUAUGUUUACCCUAAACUGAGCAAAAAGCCAGCGGCGAACGCCUAAAAUAACACUGCAAAGAAGAUGGACCAAGAAUGAGCUGUCGAUCACAGAAAGUGAUUGACGCCAAGCACUUCGCCACGGUCACCUUCGCGGUUUAGGAGACUCGUGUGCGCGCGCUUGGAAAAGAAUCCUUGUAGUAACAGCAUCUGCUCCGCAACAUUUACAACCGGGACCAGCAAUACCGAGCGCGCCGGAUCACGCAGAUCAAUGAAGAAUGCGCGACUGCACGCACAGUCGAUGAAGCCGGCGGCGGUAUCAUGCGUGUUCUGCCCGAUCCAAGCGCGCAGUCAUUGAGGUUGUUGUUCCUCUUUAUCUUCGUCAUGGAUGUAGCACCGUCACCGGCUCUGACCGCCGGCUGCCCGGACCGCUGCGUGUGCGACGACCAAUUGGUAGUCCAGUGCGCCGGGCAACAGUUAACUGACUUUCCCGUGGAUCUCCCGCUGGCCACCCGGCAGCUCAUCAUCUCCAACAACCGGAUAGGUGACCUGCCAGCGUUGCAGCUGAACUACCUGUCGGAUCUGGUGUACCUGGACUGCAGCAACAACUCGCUGACGGAGAUCACCGAGUCCACUUUUGGCAACUUACGCAAGCUCGCUUACCUGGAUCUGUCGUUCAACACCCUGACGCAAAUCGAGGACCGGACGUUUGGCCCGCUGGCCAGUCUGGUCAUGCUCAGGAUGACGGAUAACCCGGGGCUGUCAGAGAUCCAUCCGGACGCGUUCGCGGAGAACGCGGCGUUGCAGGUGCUGGAUGUCAGCCGCAACAAUCUGACGGCACUAAACAUCAGCUCGCUGAUCGCCCUUCCGGCGCUGCGCUCUCUGGGGAUGAGCGGGAACCCCUGGAGAUGCGACUGCGACACUGAAGACCUGUGCCUCUGGAUUCAAAUUGAAGGGUUCAAGUUCCAAGAUGAGGGGCAGACUGUGUGCCAGGGACCUCCGGACAUGCUGGGCCAGCGACUGGCCGAGGUGGGAAUGCAGCUCCGAUCGGAAUGCCACCAGGGCCUGGGUUACUGGGACUACCUGUUCUUCAUCGCCAUCGGUUUCGUCAUUUUCAGCGCUGGAACGGUGUCAGCAUGGGUGAUGGGCGUGCUUAUGGUCCUUUACGAGCGGUACAGCAAGAGGAAGAGUGAGCAGCUAGACAGCGAGGAUGAGGAGAUGGUCAACCGGGGCGGAGGUGGGGGUAACCAUGGCAAUGGGGACCUUAGCAAACCAGGCAUGCAGGUGUGACCUGAGGACAGAGGAAUGAUGGAAAACUUUAACAUUACAUGCCAGGAGCAAAGAUUGAGCUGCACCUUCUUAAAGGAUUUGGGAUUUUUAAGUGCACUUUUUUAGAAUGUGUCAACGCAUUGCUUUUAGAUUAAGAUAAGGAGCAGAGGACAAGAAAGACAGACACAGACAGAAACAGACUUGAGUGGGUCACAGAUCACAGGCUCAUUCGUUCUGAUGAAUCUGGGGUGUGGCCUUGGUUAAAUGCAUAUUAGUGUGCAUUAGUAUGCAUAUUAGCUCAAAAACAAUGCUCUAGUGUUAGUAAAGUAUUAGGCCAGGGUGAUGCAUUUGGCACCUAAGAGAGGAAAUUGCGAAGAAUCAAUAAGGCAAAGAGAAAACUUGUUUUUUUGAAGUGAACAAAAUUAUUUAUCUAAUCCUGCAUACUAUCUCAGUUUUUAUUCAGCUUGGUAAGAGAAAGAAAUAUAAAUGGACAAUAUACAGGACAGCCUCUCAAGACUCAUGCAGUGUAUUUUGAGAGAAAAAAUGAUGGAAAAUUCUUCUGAACUGUCUGCACAACUCAACAGUAGGGUUCAAUGCUCUAUGAUGGAUUGAGGACAUUAUACUGCAGGACUCAACAAUAAAAAACAUUUUGUUGGCCAGAUCAGGGCAGUAAUUGAGAUAUUUACUGACCCUACCAAAAUGUCCUGUGGUUUCAGAACAAAUAUUAUAAACAACCCUUUAGCAACAUAUUUUGGCACAUUAAGACUGCAUUUAUGCAAUUGGCAGAUGCUUUCAUUCUGUUUUAAAGGGACAGAAAGAUAGUAUUGUAAGUAGCUAAAUAGUAUUUUAAUUAAUGUUUGCUGUAAUUUGAUGUAAAACAGGUGUUUUGUUAAACCCAAAAGGCAUUACAAGUAAUUUUCACAGACCUGUUAAAAUUGGUAAUAUAAAAUACCUUUUUCUUCUAGAGGUCUUCACGGAGGACCUGUACGGGUUUGGGUCUAUAUUUGAAAUCGUCGGCCAGAUGGGUACCAGUUAAAUUACUAUGGAUCUGUAAUCCCAAGUCGAUCGGACGACACCCAGACGACCUUUAUGAAUGAUAUAAAAAUGUUAAAAAAAAUAGUAUAAAGAGGGUAAGCCUACCGGCACCUCUUCUGUCUGGACCUCCUAAAGCAGAUUGUUAAGUGUAUUGCACGUGAAGCAUUGUUGAAGUCUGAUUCAACAAAAACAUGCAUGUCGCAUCUGAAGUAUGCAAGGUCGUGUGGAGAAAUGUUUUGAUGCAAUCUUCAGUAACACAAUUUGUUAAUUUGUUCUGUGCCUUUCCGGCUUGGUACGGGUCCAGGUUUUAAAAAUAGACGGCCCGUGUUGGUUUCGUGUAGUGAAUUUAUGGCAUUUCACAGUUCUGGACAAGGGCAGGUCCAACUUUAAAAUAUUAGAUGGGUCCGGGUUGGUUUCAUGUAGCACAUUCAUAGGUCUGUUAGAGUUCGGAUACAAAUAUUUGGACCCGUGUCGAUCCCUAGAUUUAUCUUAUCUAACCCAUACUUGUUAAUAGUUUAUAUGAUUGGUUUAACCUAAUUUAGUUAAAUUGAUUUAGUUUUAUUGUUGUUGUGUUUGUUGCUAUUAGUAUUAUUAUGAUUAUUAUUAUCAUUAUGUUCAUUAUUAGUAUCAUUAUUUUGCUCAAAACAUAAAAACGCAUCUGUUAUGAAAAUUGUGACAGUUCUGUCCACUGGCCAUCUUUAUUGUUGAGCCCUGUAUUUGAUGUGAUAUUAUUGAUCUCAGUAAGCCUGUAUGCACUGCACCGAUAAGCCUUACACACAAGAUGUAACCCGUCCAGCAAUAACACAAUUCCAGGUGAUACUGAGAGCAAUAGGGAUGUGUGUGAAUGCGUAAGUGUGUGUGGCUCGCUGCUGCAAAAUCACUGUAUGUGGGAAAGAUUAAAGUAUGUCAGCAUUCUUUAAUAAGUUUGGCAAGGCUUUAAUUUUUUUAUUCAAAUGAUUCUUCCUGCGGUUACAACACGUCACUCAAGGGCAGAGCUAAAGUCAUCCCCCUCCCCACACACUGCACCAUGAACAUGAUCUUCUCAUGUAUUUUAUUCUUUAUUUAACUUCAAAAGAGAAGCGUUUGGGUAUUGUGUGAUUUGAGUUGCUAAAUCCAUCUGUAAUGGGUUGAAGUGCUUAAAGGAACACUCCACUUUUUUUGAAAAUAUUCUCAUUUUCCAGAUCCCCUAGAGUUAAACACGUGAUUUUUACAUU